CCUGCAAGGAGGUGAAGACACAGGAAUCAUCUUCUCUCUGUAUAAAAACACAAAUCCUCCUCUCCUCCUCUCUGACGCAUCACUCUCCUCCUGCGGGUUCUCCUGGUCGUCCUCCUCCUCCUCCUGGUCGGACAUGUGUCGGCCGGCUGCAGCCCUGCUCGCGGUUCUGGCCGCUUCUCUCUGCUGCGGAGCGAUGGACCAGCCGCUCAACAGCCGACCCAUCAUCGGGGUCUUGGCACAGGAAAGCCGUAAAAACGAACAGGCUACAAGGGGCUUCUCCUACAUCGCUGCUUCCUAUGUGAAAUACCUGGAGGCAGCCGGGGCCAGAGUCGUACCUGUCAGAGUAAAUCUCACAGAAGAAGAAUACACCAAGAUAUUCAACUCAAUAAACGGGUUGCUGCUGCCAGGAGGAAGUUCCAAUCUGCUGACAUCACAGUACAGUCGUGCCGCAAAGAUCUUAUACAACUUGGCUCUGAAGGCCAACGAUGCCUCGGACUACUUCCCCGUCUGGGGAACUUGUCUGGGCUUCGAGCAGCUGACUGUCCUAACAGCGAAGAAACACCUGCUCACGCUCACUGACACCCACGCUGUGGCUCUGCCGCUCAACUUCACACGAAGAGCUCGUUCCAGCCGUCUGUUUCGGAGUUUCCCCAAAGAUGUGCUGAGGUCUCUGACCGAGGAAAACAUCACCGCCAACUUCCACAAGUGGAGUCUGUCCACCAAGAACUUCAGCGCGAAUCCCACGCUGAAGAAGUUUUACAAGGUCCUGUCGACGAACCACGAUGGGAAGCAGGAAUUCAUCUCAACUAUGGAAGCCUACCGGUAUCCAAUUUAUGGAGUUCUUUGGCAUCCGGAGAAAAACCCCUUUGAGUGGGUUGACAAACCGGGGAUGAUUCACUCCACUGCUGCAACAAGAGUCGCCUUCUACUCUGCCAGCUUCUUCGUCUCUGAAGCCAUGAAGAACAACCACAGUUUCCCGAGUCGGGAGGAGGAGGAGAGAGCGCUCAUCUACAACUUCUGUCCCGUCUUCAGAGGCAUGGACUCCGUCUUCGUUCAGAGUUAUUACUUUGAUUGAUGGAGGUGAGGAGCCCUUCACUGGAGGAACAUCUUCAACCUGAUGAAGUCACCGACCGUAAAAACCUCCAAUGGUACAGCGACAAUUCUUUAAUAUGUGAAUGCAGUGUUAAAUAAUAGUAGCAGAAAAGUGAAA